UUGGCAGACCCUGUUUCUUUUGACCACCAUCUAGGCUUCAUUAUCAUCACUCAAAUAAUGGCCAAUAGACCAUCUAGGUCAUCGAGUAUCCCCAUUCCCAGGAGCAAUUCAUCGACAUCACCCUCCAGAAACAUAGAAUCUAUAAUUUCUAUUCCUUUCGCUACCCCUGCGAGAUCUCGCCUUCCUAGUGAUCAAGGACCGUUUGUUCGCGGAACAACUCACGCUGAAAGUGAUCAUCGAGGAGCAGGGACAUCUACUUCGACAAAUCAAAGUAAUUCACCCUUACGAUCCACGGCAAGGUCAUUCACACAACCACCAUUGAUCCAUACAAGAACCAUUCCAAGAAUGAUUAACGUUCCCUUUGAGCCUCGUGUAGUUCGUGCAGAGUCAUCACGAAAUCUUGACUCGACAUUUCAACCACCGACCUCUCCCACUAGGCUCAGGAAGCCAAGCAUCGGUGUCCGACCUCCCAGUACCCAGAGAACCACACAGGAAACGCCCCAAACAUUUACAACGCCCUCUACCACCUUUGAAAGACCAGAUUAUUUGGAACACUCUGCAUUCCGACAUUUGCUUCAAACUGAAGCACCCUCGUCACUUCCCCCAGCCCGAAAAUCCGAGCAUCCACCGCCCAAUAUCCAUGCUUAUUCCAGUUCGACUUCUACGGGUAGCGAUGAUGAUAGUAAUGCUAGUCCACCACCUAGAGAGAUUCCUAGUUCUACGUCUGCUUCUGCUUCUACCCCGGUUAUUUCCUCCGAUCAGGUUCUCAAGCUGCCUACACGUUGGAGUGUCCAGUUCAGGCACCAUAUACUUAAUCUUUCGGAAGAUGGUCGAGAAUUGACAUACCAGGGUACGGGUGGUAGUGACCGGGAUCGGGAAGCUGCUGCCGCUGCACGCACAGUACAACACAUCCCUCCUGCAUGCGGUAUAUAUUAUUACGAAGUCGAAAUACGGAGUAAGGGCCAAAAAGCGCAUAUCAGCGUUGGAUUUGCAGGAAGCGAUGUGCGCAUGUCGCGUCUUCCAGGAUGGGAGCCUAAUUCAUGGGGAUACCACGGUGACGAUGGUUGUUCUUUCGCUGCCGAGAAGAAUGGAACCAAGUAUGGGCCUACUUUUGGGGUCGGGGAUAUCAUAGGAUGUGGCAUGGAUUUCACAACAAAUCAAGCGUUUUACACAAAGAACGGUGUUAAUCUCGGACCCGUCUUUGAGAACGUUGGAAAGGGCAUCGACCUCUAUCCGUCCGUUGGACUUCAGCAUGUGGGCGAAUCUGUGAAGGUCAAUUUUGGACAUGAGCCCUUCAAAUACGACAUCGAAUACUACGUUCAGCAACAGCGGAAUCAGGCGUGGGCCGAAAUUAUCGAACGACCGGUCGAUACUUCGUUCUUCUCAGCAGGAAACAACGGGUCUGCUCCUGAAGAACAGACUAAGCGGACCUUGAAUCGUUUGGUAUUGUCGUACCUGGCACAUCACGGAUAUGUCAAGACUGCCAGGGUGUUCCAGAAACAAGCUGAAACGUUGAAUACUGUUAAUACCGCCACCCCUUCCGUAGCGUCUAGUACGCCGACUUUGGCAGUAACAGGGACGACGGACCAUGAUGUCGAAAUGGCCGAUACGGCUGUUUCGUCGUCGUCAUCAUCAACAACAGGAUUGGUUAUCCAAAAUUUGGAGGCGGCAGAGAUAGAGCUGCGGACAAGGAUAGUGAAUUCUGUACUUGAAAAAGACAUUGAUUCAGCUGUCAACGAGACGGAGAGAUGUUAUCCUACGGCUCUGGAAGCGGAGGAAGGGCUGAUGAAGGUCAAACUGCGGUGUCGAAAGUUUAUUGAACUGUUAUUAAUUGCUGCAGAGAUGAAGAAGAGUUUGAAUACUAGUAUAAGUAUGGGUGGGGAGGAUCAUACGCCGUCUUAUGACGGAGAAGAGGAGGACGGGAUGAGCAUGCAAGUCGACGAUGAUAGUGCUGUUUCGAUGAAUGGGUUCGGGCCUGGGUCGCUGGUGGGUGACCGACACGGUUCUAGGUCAUCCAGUUCUGCACAAGCACGUUGCAAAGCUGCUUUGAGUGAAGCUAUUGCGUAUGGUCAAUCAUUGGAGAACGAGUAUAGGUCGGACAAACGACCGGAGGUGCAGGCGAUAUUCAAGAAGACAUUCAGUGUCGUCGCCUACGAGGAUCCCUUAGCAGUAGGCGGGUCGAUAGCGGAGGUUGUUGGGCAUGAAGCUCGAGGACUGCUUGCGAAUGAGCUAAAUCAAGCAAUUCUCAAGUCUCAGGGAAAACCGACUCACCCGCCGUUGGAGAUGAUGUACAGAUACACUGCAGUGUAUCUUUUGCAGCUGGGCUUAUCAGGAGUUGGUGCUGCUGCUUUUGCCGACAUUCAGAAAGAGCUUUUGGAUUCCGAAUCCUAAAGUGCUUUCCAGGGAGUUCUGCUGUUCCCGGCCUCACCGCUAUGGUACAACUUAGUACCGCCGAGGCCAUUGUACGUACCCAGUCGUGAAAAAGCUGAAGGUUAUCUAUUGUAGUCACGAUGUAUUUUCGCACAUAAACGUUGUAACUUACUCAUUCACCAGCGAA